AUGAGUUUCAUCUCGUCACUCUUCCCGUACAUCCCGUGGACGAAGCACGAGAGAAGCAAAGUUGCAGUCGAGGCCAGUUACACCUUGCGGUCCCAGUCCGCCAGCUCUGCGGGUGGGACCGUGCUGGAUCUUAUCAUCCAAUUCCCACCAUUAUUCCAGGCGUUUGAAGAGUACUGCCGCAACGCCUUGUGCAGCGAGUCGCUCAUGUUUCUGGUGGACGCGGACGAGUUCAACUCUGCUCUUCAUGCCGUGUCCAAAUUUUCUACUGCUGGCAAGGACCCUGAGUCUGCAGCAGUGGCUGUCAACGAGUGCGAGCACAACCCCAAUUUCGAGCAGUUCGCCGCCAUAGUAGACAAAUACAUCCGGGAGGGUUCUCCGUUCGAAGUGAACAUCGAGAGCAAAAUCAGAAACGAGAUUCUCAGGGAGGUGGACCGUGCGAGCUUCGAACGCCUCAAUCUGGAUGACAAAGAGCACCUUCUGGAAAAAGCGACGAAACAAGUCAGCAACAUGCUAAGGGAAAAUCUCUAUCACAAGUUUAGAGAAACAGAGCAGUUCAAGCAGAUUCAAGAACAACUCUUCUCGGUGGAAAAUACAACUCGAAGGAGCGUAGUGUGA